AAACAUGAUAAAAAGCAUGUUCAAAUAGCUCCAAUGCUAGCGAUAACUGAUCAACAUUUUCGUCGAUUUUUUCGUGGUAUUUCAAAACACGUCGAGUUAUGGACGGAAAUGCAUAUCAUCCAGUCGUUUGCCAAUUAGGUGGAAGCCAUAGUGAAACAUUAGCUAAGGCGGCAUCUAUUGCUUGCCAAUGGGGUUAUAACGAAAUUAAUUUGAAUUGUGGAUGUCCUAGUGCUCGUGUUGCAACCAAAGGUUGCUUUGGGGCUUCUUUAAUGAAGAAACCCGAUACGGUUGCACAAAUUGUGAAUGAAAUUCAUCGUACUGUUGGUUUUCACAUUCCAGUGAGUAUAAAAUGUCGCACAGGUGUAGAUCACGAUUACGAUUCCUUCACCUAUUUAAAUAAUUUUGUUAGUAGUGUUUCACGAAAAAGUCAAUGUACUCGUUUUAUUAUUCACGCCAGAAAAGCAUGGUUAUCGGGAUUAAAUCCUAAAAAAAAUCGAACUUUACCUCCAUUACAAUAUCACCGUGUGUAUCAAUUAGCUCAAUUAUAUCCCCAUUUAAACAUAAGUUUGAAUGGGGGUGUAACAUCACUAGAAGAUGUACAAAACUUAUUAUCUUGUCAGUGGCGACCCUCUUAUUCAGAUUUUCAUGACCUUCCUAAAACACUGAACCCUCUUUGUGUUAGUGUACAGGAAUCUAAUAAGUGUGUCAUUGAAAAAGAACAAUUCACAAAUUCCAAUGCUAUCGGAAAGGAACAAUUUAAAGCACAUAUUCAGAAACCGUCAAAAUCCAUUCCUUUCACGACGUGUGACUCAGUGAAAAAUCAUUCUAUAUUACAAUCUUCUGUAUUAGGUAACGAAUUACCUUAUAGUACAAAGAAUUCAAUUUACCUUGACGAUUUAUCUUAUGAUAACGCUCAUUCAUUGAUGAAUACACUUGAAACAUCUAUGAAACAAGAUGCGUCAAAAAGUUAUCUACAAGGGAUCAUGAUAGGACGAAUGGCAUUUAACCAACCUUGUUUAUUCAGCUGUAUCGAUUCCAUGUUUUACGACUCUCAUGAUCCACUGACAGCAAGAACUCCAAGAACGUUAGCCGUUUACUAUGAAGAUUAUCUAAAUUCAUUUUAUCCUGAUUGUGAAAACACAAAAAGUGUUUAUACGUUAUUAAAGCCGACUCUUGGAUUGUUGGCUGGAAGAUCAGGAUGUAAAUUAUACCGUCAAUCAUUGGAAAAAAUUAUACGUCAAGAAAGCUCCAAACUGUGUGCUGGGGAUAUUCUUGCAAAAGCACUCGUGCAAGUAGAUGAACAUUUUCCUGGUGUAUUGGAUUCACCUAACAAGACUGUUUGUGCAGAAAAAAGUAGUGUUGAUACAUUUUUAAAAUAA